AUUUUAUCGUUUCGCCUUCAAAUUUGGGAUUGAGACCGCGUUCGCUCCACGCUCUCAGAUCUCUCUUCUUCUCAACUUCGGAUCUGCCCUCAAGCCCAAAGCGACACAGUUCCCCGAUCUCUCAACACCCUCGACGUCGCGUAUGGGGAAGCGCAAGGCGGCGGCGGCAGCGUCAAGAAAGAGGAAGAAGGCUGCUUCUGAUGCAGCAAAGCGGGAGGGAGAGGAGGCCACCACGAGCAAAUCUCAGGAGGAGGAUCCCCAGAAGGAUCCGAAGAAGAGACGGGUAAAGGUGCCGGAGACUGAAACCGAGUACUUCGCCGAGAAGAGGAACUUGGAAGAUCUUUGGCAAGCAGCUUUUCCAGUUGGAACUGAGUGGGACAACAUGGAUAAACUUCGUGAGAUUAAUUGGUGUUUUUCAAAUUUAGAGAGUGCCUUUGAGGAGGGUGAGGAGCUUCAUGGGAAGACGGUCUACAUGUUCGGCAGCACAGAGGCUCAAAUGUUAAAUGUGAAUGGUCAAGAGAAAGUUGUGCUUGUUCCCAUUGUGGUGGCUGUGGAUUCUCCAAUUCCACCAUCUGAUAAGAUUGGUGUAAAAUCUGUUCAAAGGGAGAAAGAGGAAGUAAUACCCAUGAAGACAAUGAAAAUGGCGUGGGUUCCAUACAUUCCACUUGACGAUCGUCUAAGUCAAGUUGAUAGAUUGAAGUCUCAAAUAUUUACUAUGGCUUGCACUCAAAGAAGAUCUGCAUUAAAACAUCUAAGGAUUGAACGUGUCAAGCAAUAUGACUAUUGCCUUCCUUAUCUUCAACCAUUGAAAGCUGAUGAAGAUGAGGAUGAUACAGUUGUUAAUAUAAUGUUUCCUUUAGAACCUCCGAUUGUCUGUGAUUAUGAUUGGGAAAUGGAUGAAAUUGAGGAGUUCACUGACAAUCUUAUUGAGGAGGAGACGCUACCAGAGGACAAGAAAGAUGAGUUUAAGGAAUAUGUGAAGGAACAGGUCAGAGAAAGAAGAAAAGAACAGCGGCAGGCAAAGGAAGCUAGAAAAAAGGUGAUAGAAGACAUGGACCCAAAGACAAGGGAAGCCAUGGAAAACAUGAAAUUUUACAAAUUUUAUCCUGUUCAGACGUCGGAUACACCUGACAUCAGCCAUGUAAAGGUACCAUACAUAAAUAGGUACUAUGGUAAAGCUCAUUUCUUGAGGUAGCCAUUCUUCAGUCACGGGAAACAAUAAACUCAAAUUUCAGAUCUCAUGAAGCCCCAGAGGGGAAAACAAUGUCAAUCUAAGACUUGUUCUCUUGAAUUUUUCAUCUCACUCAUCAGUGGCUGUACAGUUGAGGCAAAGAUUAUUUUUGCGGCCCUGACGCCUAGCCAAAUUAUGAUUCAUUCAGUCCUGAACUUCUAGUUCUACAGCCCUCCAGAGUGAUGAUGUGUUGUAAGCUUAGGAUCUUAGUGGAAGUUCUGUUCUGUUAUAUUUUGAGUCCCGAUGGAUUGUUUCACAAAGGUAAUUGUAUCAUUAUUUGAUUUCUAAAGCGGUAGGUGCUAUUUCUCAUUCCGUAAUGAACUGAGAAAUCUUUAUAUU